AUGUGGGGGCCAAGCCUUUGCGUGAGCAAGGGCGCAGAUGAGCGGAACCAGAAGCGCACUGUUGAUCCUCCACCACCAGUGGGCCUUGAAGAGGCUGAGAAGUGGCUGGCGCAGGUCUUGCAUAGCAUGGCCAAGGUUCACAUCGCCAAAAACGAGCCUGCUGAGGCUGUUCGGCUUGCUUAUGAAGCUCACGCUCUUUGCAAGAGAGCGCGGGACAAGCCAGCAGAGGCAGGCACCUUGCUUUUCACGGUGGAAGCUCAUCUCUCCCUGAUCGCGCAGUUGGCCGGGGGCUUCACUCAGCUCACUACAAUGGCGGAGAAAGCUGGACUAGCAGCAAAAAAGAUCGCAGACAAGCUGGGCCACAAGCAGACCAUCGCAGACUGCUUCUACGCAUUGUCUGAGAUCAACUUGGUCAGUGGAAAGUACCAAGAGGCGCUUGACGGUGCUGAUGAGGGGAUCAAAAUCUACCAGGAUGUAGGCUAUGAGCUUGGUGAGUGCACCUUCGUGAACAUGAAGGCGCAAGCACUGCUUGUGAGCGGCAAGAGCGAUGAAGCACUCGUCGCUGCCAAGCAAGCUGUGAGCAUGGCAAAGGCCAUGGAUGACAAGCCAUUGGAGCAGUUGGCCGGGAGGUUCACCUUCACCUGUGCAGAAUUGAUGUGCAGCAUGCGUUUGCUUUUGCUUGAAUACUGUUGCUCGAGUCAGGAGACACCUGUGGCAGCAGCGCAGACCAGAAAGGAGAAGAAGAAGGAUGGAAAGAAAAGAACAAUGCGGAGCAAAAAAGAGAAAGAAGAGCAAGAACAGAAGGGCAGGAAACAGAAGGAUGAGAACGAGCAGGGAAAAAGGGCAUCAGAGGUGGUGGAGGAGAAGCCGAAAGGAUGGGCCUCAGUAGUGACAGACAGCUUGAUGAGCAUUGAGUUUCGAAGCCAAGUUAAUUCGGCCUUCUCUGGGCUGGGAUUAUCUUCGACCCUCACGUUCGACUAUCCGACAAUUCGGGAGCUGACCGGGCACAUCGUGGAGAAGAGCAAGAACCAGUAG